CUGAGGCAUGUGCUAUGAGAAACUGCGCUGAUGCUCAUGAAACUCAUGACGAACUCAUGUUGUGUGAAGCGUUUGGUUAUGUGCGUUGUUUUGAUAUAGACGUAUUCUUCUCCUGAAAUCGAGAUGGGGAAGCCUGUAAAAUAUGCGGAGCUGUCAAAGCAGGAACGUAUGGUCCGAACAGUAGCAGAAAUAAUUCAGGAAUUGCAACGUGCUCAUAAUGAAUCACGUGAUGUAGACUUGAACCGACUUAAAACAAGAAUAGCAUCUAAAUAUGGCUUGGAAAGCAGCCCACGAUUAGUUGACAUUAUUGCGGCGGUGCCUCUAGAGAGCAAAAAGACACUGCUCCCGAAACUUCGUGCAAAACCUAUUCGCACUGCUAGUGGUAUUGCUGUGGUAGCGGUAAUGUGUAAGCCACAUCGAUGUCCACACAUAAAUAUGACAGGAAAUAUUUGUGUGUACUGCCCUGGAGGACCAGACUCAGAUUUUGAGUAUUCAACUCAAUCAUACACAGGAUAUGAACCAACAUCAAUGCGAGCCAUCAGGGCGCGUUACAACCCUUACUUACAAACUAGACAUCGGGUGGAACAAUUGAAGCAGUUGGGCCACAGUGUUGACAAAGUGGAGUUCAUAGUGAUGGGUGGGACAUUCAUGUGUUUGUCUAAAGAGUACCGUGAUUUUUUCAUAAGGAAUCUCCAUGAUGCACUCUCAGGCCACACAAGUAAUAAUGUGGAAGAAGCAGUAAAGUACUCAGAGAAAAGCAGAGUCAAAUGCAUAGGUAUAACAAUUGAGACAAGACCAGACUAUUGUUUGAAGCCCCAUCUUUCUGAUAUGCUACGAUAUGGAUGUACACGUUUGGAAAUUGGAGUCCAAUCAGUUUAUGAAGAUGUGGCCAGAGAUACCAACAGAGGUCAUACUGUACGAGCUGUAACAGAGAGUUUCUCACUGGCAAAAGAUGCUGGUUUUAAAGUGGUUGUUCAUAUGAUGCCUGACCUACCAAAUGUUGAUUUGGAAAGAGAUGUAGAGCAGUUUACUGAAUUCUUUGAAAAUCCUGCAUUCAGAGCUGAUGGUCUGAAAAUUUAUCCAACACUUGUCAUCAGAGGAACAGGACUUUAUGAGCUUUGGAAGACCGGUCGCUAUAAGAGUUACCCUCCUGGUACACUUGUUGAUCUUAUUGCUCGGAUCUUAGCUCUGGUGCCUCCAUGGACUCGUGUUUACCGGGUACAACGAGACAUACCCAUGCCAUUAGUCAGCUCGGGCGUCGAGCACGGCAACUUGCGCGAACUGGCGCUCGCUCGCAUGAAGGACCUCGGCACGGAUUGCCGCGACGUGCGAACCAGGGAAGUGGGCAUCCAAGAGAUCCACCACAAAAUCCGGCCGUACGAGGUGGAGCUGGUGCGGCGAGACUACGUGGCCAACGGCGGCUGGGAGACGUUCCUGGCGUACGAGGACCCGGCCCAGGACAUCCUCGUGGGCCUGCUGCGCCUCCGACGCUGCGCGGAAACCACCUUCCGGGCCGAGCUGGUGGGCGGCCAGUGCUCCAUCGUCCGCGAGCUGCACGUGUACGGCAGCGUGGUGCCCGUCAACGCCCGCGACCCGACGCGCUUCCAGCACCAGGGCUUCGGCAUGCUCCUCAUGGAGGAGGCCGAGCGGAUCGCCAGGGAGGAGCACGGCUCCACCAAGAUCGCCGUCAUCUCCGGGGUCGGCACGCGCGACUACUACCGAAAGAUGGGCUACGAACUGGACGGGCCCUACAUGUCGAAGAUGCUUUGACGGGCCAAACGGGGCCUUGUUUCGCGUUUCAAGUAGCGGAGCUGUGAAUGUUGCUGUGAUUGUUGAUUUUGUACAGUAAAAAUGGAAUUUGAGCAUCCGAGGGGAAAGGACAGCCCUUCUGUCAUGUAGUGUAAGAUAAAUUAAAGAUAUUUACAACUAGGAAAUAAAAUGAUUGAUUUGAA